AUGUCUCGCAGAACCGAUUUCAUACGUGAUGUUGAUGAUUCUAAAGAAACAUGGCGCCUUGCUGUUCGUAUCAACGAUCUCUGGACUGUCGUAAAUAGUAAAGGUGUCGAGCAUCUUGAGAUAGUGUUGAUUGAUUCAAAGGGAGAUCGUAUUCAAGCGUUGGCCCGUGGUGACCAUACUUCAAAGUGGAAGCAGCUGCUGAAAGAGGAUAUGACCUGCGUCAUAAAUAAUGGAAAUGUUUAUGAAAAUGAUUUCCAGUGGAAGUUGUGCGAUCAUCCAAAAAAAUUUGUUUUCUUGAGCGGUACAACUGUUAAACCAGUUGACCUUAACAACAUUCCAUCUGAGAAAUAUUUCUUUAAAGAUUUCUCCGAUAUACUCGCGGGAGGAUGUAAGAUGGACAGACUUCAAGAUAUCAUAGGUGUGGUUGAUGAGAUUGAAAACUGCCAAUCCAAGAUUGGAGGAAAAAAGAUUGUCAUUUCUUUUAAACUGAAAGAUUUGAGUGGGAACAUUGUAACUUGCACGUUGUGGGACACUUACGGAACCAGGUUUUUAAAUUACUAUAAUGACGAAUCAAACUGUGGAGCAAUAGUCAUUGUUCUAACUCAUGCAAUCAUUAAGGAUUCUCAGGUCUCUAAUGGCCGGAGUGGCUCAAAACUGUUUAUCAAUGACGAUAUUGCUGUUAUCAAUGAAUUCAUGUCUAAGCUGUCUGAAUCUCAGAGGAAUGAAAAACCAUUGCAAUCCACUCAGACGAUGUCUUCUUGGUCUGGGUCAACCCAAUACACAUCUAUUGAUAAGUUUGUUUAUAAUGCCAAAUGUAUGUCGCUAGCUGAAGUGGCAAAGUUAAAACAGGAAACUGUCUGUGUAACUGUGGCUACUACUUUGAAAUUUGCUGUUUCCAAAUAUGGAUGGUUCUACUAUGGAUGCACCGGCUGCACUUUGAAGGCUCCAAAUCCAGAUAAUCCGUUUAAAUGUGGAUGUGGUGAAAAUGGUGUGAAACCUGUACCAAGGUACAAGGUUGAGAUUCAUGUAAUUGAUGGAGAAUCCAAGUUCCGCUUUGUAUUUUGGGAUACCGAUUGUUUUAAUAUCAUUGGAAAAACAGCCGACGAUAUGCGCAAAUCCAUGAUAGAGAAUAGUGAAGAUGAUCCUAUGGUCUAUCCAGACGAACUUGAUGUACUUUUGAAAAAGAGAAUUGCUUUUAGAGUUAAAGUGCAGCCAAACUUCAAUCAAGGAUCCGUUCAGAAGCUUUUAACAGAUGCAUCUUCUGUUGAUCAGAUUUUAGAAAACUACAUCAAACAGCAAGAUGAGCAAACUAAAGACAUUGUAGUCAAUGAACCAAAAACACCAACAGAUACCUUGACUUUCAACAUUAGUGGUAAGGAUCCAAGAAAGGAAUAUACCGUUGAUUUUUCCGCUCAUUCACUUUCGGCAUGUGGAGAAAAUGAACCCGAAAUUAACAGUAUAGUCACCCCAACAAAGGCGAAGUCAUCAAGUGCGCCAUACGGUGAUAAUGAAUAUUUUAUUGUAAAAAUCAACAAAAUGAAAGCUGCUAAGGCAAGGUUUAAUAGAAUGAAUGUCCUCAGGCAGAAGAAGGCAAAGCGGUUGAAGAGAGCAAACAAAGAGAAUGAGUGUUUCUUCUCUCCAUCUUCCGUCCAACAAUCUUCGUCGUUCCGAACACCUUUAUCAACCAUAACUAUGAAUACCAUCAACAUUUCAUCAUCAUAUUCACCUAACCACUUUCAACCAUCUUCUUCAAGUCCCCAACCUUCAAACACAUUAGGUCUGAAUUUAACAAACAAAGAUAAUUACUUUUUCUUCUCUCCAAUUUCCGUCGAACAAUCUUCGUCCUUCCGAACACCGUUAUCAACCAUAACAAUGAAUACCAUCAACAUUUCGGAGUCAUCUUCACCUAACACAUGUCAACCAUCUUCUUCAAGAACUCAACCUUCAACUGUUGAGAUUUUAAAAUCUCGGAGACCCAACAUAUAUCGUUCGAACGGAUUGGGUUUGAAUUUGACAAAAAAAAUUAACAGCACCGUUAGUGGUUCAAAUGAUCAUCCUGAUGUUUCUACAUCUCCUGUCCAGGACACGGACAAUAACAAUUUAUUUUCGGAUUCAGAUGACAAUAGUACAGAAAGUUUUGAAACGGACUCCGAUAUUGAAUACCUGGAUGAAGGUUAUAACAUCUCUACAGACUUGCAUUCUGCAACGACUUCUUCAAAUGGAUACUACGAUGUAGGAGACGCUAAUGUUGUAUGUCAACAGUGCGGUGCGCAAAUGUGGUAUCUUGAAAGAAAGGAAAAGAAUCGAAAUAGAUCUAUUCCUAAAUUUUCAUUGUGUUGUCGAAAUGGCAAGAUUCAACUUCCAUUUCUCAAGAUGCCACCUAAAUAUUUGCAACAUCUCCUAUUUGACAGUGAUACGGUUUGGUCUCGCAAUUUCCAGCAAAACAUACGAAUGUAUAACAUGAUGUUUGCAUUCACAUCUCCUGGUACUAAGAUGGAUAACCGUUUUAACAACGGAGGCGGUCCUCCUACUUUCCGUAUACAAGGGCAGGCCUGUCAUAGAAUUGGUAGUAUGUUACCCAUGCCGGGACAGACUCCAAAAUUUGCCCAGCUCUAUAUUUACGACACUGAACAUGAAAUACAACACAGGAUUAAUGGGAUGAGAACAAAAACUGGCGUUGACAUUGAUAUUGUUACAAAAGUUUCUCAAAUGUUGUACGAACACAACGUACAUGCUCAGUCUUUCCAAAUGGCAAGAGAUAUUUUGUCUCAACGAAGUGUAACAGAUUUGAAACUGAGACUUAUUUCAGACAGAAAUACUGAUGGACGUAUUUAUAAUCAGCCAACUGUUUCCGAGGUUGCCGCUUUGAUAGUUGGUGAUGUCGAUACAGCUGAAAAAAGAGAUAUCAUAAUGCACAAACAGUCGGGCGCUCUUCAAAGAAUUCAUGAGUAUCAUACUUCUUAUCUUGGAUAUCAAUAUCCAUUGCUUUUUCCAUAUGGUGAGGAUGGAUAUACGCCAAAUGUGAAACAUCGGGAUCACGGUCGCGUUGUACGUUCCACCACACCGAACAGUCGUGAUGAAUUGGAAUAUGACGAUGUUCCAUGGGAAGAAGCUAUGAAGAGAAACAGGCUAACAAUAAGAGAAUGGAUGGCAUUCCGAAUACAAUCAAGACAUAACGAGGCACCGACAUUGUUAAGAGCUCGAAGGCUAUUCCAACAAUUUUUAGUUGAUGGUUAUACAAUGUUGGAAUCGGAGAGACUUAGAUGGCUUCGUAAAAAUCAAUCCAAAUUAAGGGUUGGAAAAUAUCACAAUUUGAAUGAGUUAAACUCAAACAGGGUGACACAAGGCUCAAGCACCGGAAAAAGAGUAAUUUUGCCGUCUUCAUAUGUUGGCAGUCGUAGAUAUAUGGAUCAACUAUAUUUUGACAGAAUGGCAAUUUGCAGCUAUGUUGGUUUUCCUGACCUAUUUAUUACAUUUACAUGUAAUCCAAACUGGCCGGAGAUACAACGUUAUGUCAGAAAAUCAAACUUGAAACCGGCCGAUCGUCCAGACAUUAUUUGUCGAGUAUUUAAAAUGAAGUUUGAUGAGUUACUGUCCGAUCUCACCAAGAAAUCUGUCAUGGGCAAGGUCCUUGCCUAUAUGUAUACCAUUGAAUUUCAAAAGAGGGGUUUGCCACAUGCUCACAUAAUAAUUUUUCUUCAUCCAACCAGCAAGUAUCCAAACGCAGAUGAUAUUGAUAAGAUAAUUUCAGCUGAAAUACCUGACGAGAAUUCUGAUCAUGAGCUCUAUAACUUGGUAAAGUCACAUAUGAUACACGGUCCAUGCGGAAGACUUAACCGAAAUGCACCGUGUACAAGGGAUGGGAAAUGUUCCAAGUAUUUUCCAAAGGAAUUCCGUCCUCAAACAAUAGUCGAUCAAGAUGGCUUCCCUGUUUAUCGAAGAAGAGACAAUGGUCACACUGUGUUAAAGAAUGGAAUUCGGUUUGAUAACCGUCACGUUGUACCAUACAAUUCAGGAUUGUUAAAGAAGUUUCGAGGUCACAUAAAUAUGGAGUGGUGCAAUCAAAGUUCUUCGAUAAAGUAUUUGUUUAAAUACAUUAACAAAGGUUACGACAGAAUCACUGCUGCCGUUGUUAGGAAUGAUGAGGUGAGCCAAAAUGCCCAGAAAAAUAUCAACGAGAUUAAACAAUAUCUUGAUUGCAGAUAUGUUUCUCCUUGUGAAGCAUGUUGGAGAAUAUUCUCUUUUCCCAUACAUGGAAGAAAACCCGCGGUUGAGAGGUUAUUUUUUCACUGUGAAGGAGAGAAUUCUGUGUUUUACAGAGACAUGGAUCGCUUAGAUACCGUGUUGGAAAAGCCAAGUGUCACGGAAUCAAUGUUUACUGCUUGGUUUGAGGCAAACAAAAAAUAUCCUGAAGCCAAGGAGUUAACAUAUAACAAGUUUGUUGGAAAGUUUGUUUAUGUAAAGAAAACAAGGGAAUGGAAACCGCGGAAAAAGGGUUAUACAAUUGGUAGAUUGGUAUGGGUUCCUCCAAGCUCGGGUGAGUUGUACUAUCUCAGAAUGAUGUUAACGCAUGUAAAAGGUCCACAGAGUUACGAAGACAUAAAAAUAGUUAAUAACAAAAGAUGUAAUUCUUUCCGCGAUGCUUGCUUUGCUAUGGGAUUUAUUGGUGACGAUAGGGAGUACAUCGCUGCCAUUGAAGAGGCAAGUCACUGGGGAUCUGGGCAUUAUUUGAGGUUACUUUUUGUUCAUAUGCUGCUAUCAAGCAGCUUGAAUAGACCAACACAUGUUUGGAAAAAAACAUGGCAAUUAUUAUCGGACGGCAUAUUAUAUGAACAACGUAGAAUUGCAAACAAUAGAGAGUUGAUUUUGUCAAAUGAAGAAUUGGUCAAUUUGACAUUGGUAGAAGUUGAAAAAUUACUUCAAAAGAACAGGAAGAGUUUAUCCGAUUUUGUUGGAAUGCCACAGCCAAAUGGAUAUGUUGUUCAGCAAUUAGGCAACAGGUUGAUUUAUGAUGAACAUGAACAAAGAACUGUUUUUAACACUAUUAUCGGGGCUGUCAAUAACGAAAGAGGAGGUGUCUUUUUUCUGUACGGAUAUGGCGGCACGGGAAAGACGUACAUUUGGAGGACAUUGGCGUCUUGCAUACGUUCGAGAAAACAUAUUUGCUUGACUGUUGCUUCAUCUGGUAUAGCUUAUCUUUUGCUACCAGGAGGUAGAACAGCCCAUUCAAUGUUCAAAAUUCCAAUCCCAACAUUGGAGGAAUCCAUAUGUGACAUCCCAAAGAAUACUGAUCGAGCCGAGUUGCUUCGGUCAGCCAAAUUAAUUAUAUGGGACGAAGCUCCAAUGGCUAACAAGUAUUGUUUUGAAGCACUGGAUAAAACCCUUAAGGACCUUAUGUCCGACACAAAGCCUUCCAAGUCUAUUUUUGGUGGUAAAGUUGUUGUUCUUGGCGGUGAUUUUCGUCAGAUCCUUCCUGUUAUUCCAAGGGACAGCCGUUCUGACAUCAUUCACGCGAGCAUCAACUCUUCAUACAUAUGGGAUCACUGCAAGGUUCUCAGACUAACAAAAAACAUGCGUUUGUUGCAAUCCACCACACCUUCAAGUUCAAAAGAAUUAGAAGAGUUUUCAAAUUGGAUUUUAGAUGUUGGAGAUGGAAAACUGGCUGAACCGAAUGAUGGAUAUGCAGAUAUUGACAUACCAAAGGACAUAGCAAUAUUGGCCGGAACUUUAGAGACAGUUGAUGUCGUAAAUCGUUAUGCGCUAGAUAUGAUUCCAGGAGAUGAAAAGAUUUUUUUGAGCUCCGACUCAGUUGAUCAAAUGGACACUGAUGCUUGCGAUUCUUUUGAUGCUUUGACAACGGAAUUUUUGAACACCCUGACGGCAUCCGGUCUUCCACAACACAGCAUUAGACUUAAAGUUGGGACCCUUAUAAUGCUCUUGAGAAACAUCGAUCAAUCCGAAGGGUUAUGCAACGGUACAAGACUCAUUGUUACAAGAUUGGCCGACCAUGUUAUAGAGGCAAGGAUUAUCUCCGGUAAAAAUAUCGGAACUUCAUUUUACAUUCCAAGAAUGGAUAUCUCUCCAACACAAUCACCCUGGCCUUUUAAAUUAACAAGAAGGCAAUUUCCAAUCAUUGUGUCCUACGCAAUGACGAUUAACAAGUCGCAAGGUCAGUCGUUAGACUAUGUUGGGUUGUAUCUGCCAAGGAAUGUCUUCAGCCACGGUCAAUUGUAUGUUGCAAUAUCAAGAGUGAAAAGCAAAAACGGUCUCAAGAUACUAAUCCACAACAAAGACAAUGAAGCGGCAGACACUACCACCAACGUGGUAUUCAAAGAAGUCUUUGAAAAUGUCUAA